UCACUGAAAGCAAAGGAUGUUGUGACGCUCUACUAAAUGGCAUUUAGCACUGAGGAAGUGACAUGUGUCAACAAUCCAAAAAGGAAGGCAGAACAAGUGAUACUGUUGACUCUCUCUAUUGAACUUAACCUUGGCUCAUUUGCAUUCCUUGUUGCUAAUCUUGCUGAUGAAGACCCUACUGCCCCUGUGAUGAUUGCUUCGACUGGUUGUGUUUUCUGCUUGGAGACUGAUGAUGUUACUACUGCUAUAGCCAAGGCUUUUGGUGUUGUUUCAAGGGGCAAAAUAGUUAAAGGUGAUGCUACUACUACUGCUUGUUGUGGUGGGCGUGCUGGAAAGCUAAAGGAUCCUUUUGGAAAUGUCUGGAUGACCUGCUCUCCUAUCGGAGUAAUUGCCGAAGAAACUAAACUCUUGUUCAGUGCUUUUGUUCUGCUUUCAAUGAAAUUCCAGUGAUGUCAUACUAAUAAAAAACUUUCAGAUUAACUCUAGUUAGGUGUUAAUGGGUUAGCUUUUUGAAGUAGGAGGUCCAGUUUGGCAUAUUAUUGAUUUUGAAUAGUGAAAAAAAAAUUAAUAAAAAAAAUUUGAUAAAAAAAAUGUUCAAGAAUAUUUAAAGAAUAUAACGUAAAGAAAAUACAUGACAAGUAGUAAUGGCAGCAUGCAGUACACAGUGAUCAAUGAAAAUUCUCUCAAAAAUAUAACGAGAUUGAUGAGAUCUCUAUCCAAAACAGAAAUAUAAAAUCUACUGCCAUCUUCAACUUGAG